UCACAUGCACUCGCCCUAUUUUACUUCCACGCCCUGGCCCCAACCGCAGACCCACGGGCCCCACCUACCCCCACGAGAGGCAAUGUGAAAACUACUAGGGGGCGUCUAUCCGACUCCAGCGGGUGCACUUUGAACUUGCGGAAGGCAACAAACCUCUAUAUAAGGCGCGCAGCCCCAGUAUCUGCGCCAGAAGAGGUUCCGGCGCCAGAAGAGCACCGCUGGAGACCUCUGGUCCCAACUCGAGCCCAGAUCGUCGGAUCGCCACACCCCCAGCGCAGAGUCCGCAGAAGCGCAGGCUUUCAUCGACAGCAUGGAUAGCAGCCACUUUGACAUAGGAUUCCACAACUUGGGAAUCGACGAGGACGAAGAACUGCAUGAUGUGGAGCCUACCCUGAUCUCGGAGGUUUUAAUUGGAGUGGAAGAUGAAACUCGGUCCUCACCUGAGCCCGGAGAAGCAGCUGCAGCCGCAGCCGCAAACUACUUUGGCGAGGCGGACUCCAACCUCCUGGACGACGAAGACGGCGAGGAAGAUGAAAACGGUGAGGGCGACGGCGGCGAUUUUGAGCCCCCGCUGCAGCAGGAGGAGCCGGCCCCCCUGGCCAUUCAGGGGCCCCAGAUUGUGGCGAGAAAGCCGCGCCGCUGCCGUACUGUUUUCACCCCGUUGCAGCUGCUGGAGCUGGAGCGAGUUUUCCGCCACAUUCAAUACCCCGACGUGUUUGCACGAGAGGAGAUUGCAAGACGUCUGAAUUUGGCUGAAAGAAGAGUGCAGGUUUGGUUUCAAAACCGAAGGGCCAAAUGGAGAAGAUACCAGAGGGCACUGAUGUUUAGAAAUCUGCACCCUGUUGCCUUGGGCCACCCUGUGGGGGUAAUCUUUAAUGGGCCUUAUCGCAUAGUCCCUGUUAUGGAGCCUGCAUGGAGAUGCAUUCCUGCAGUGCCAUGUCCAGGUCUGCCCCCUGGGGUACUCCCACCACCUGUGCUACCCGCACCUCUGCCACCCAGGCCAUGGGAGAUGCCUUUGCCACCCCCGGUACCUAUGCCUCACUUUGCUCUGGCCCCUAUAGGUGUGGCAUGGGCCCCUGUCAUCAAUGGUCAUUUUAUAUAGGCCCCAUUUUCUGAAUAUGUUAUUCAGACAGUUUUCCACAGCGUGUUUCUGCUAGAUAUACAUUGUGCAGAGCAAAUAAAAAACCUGUUAAAUGAAAUGAGUGAAAGUACAAAAUGAGUGUCAGUUGUUUCGGGAGGGCACAUUGUGUUUUCAAUAAAGAGA